AUGCCUUCCUUUCGCCUCGUCUUCCUGACCACUCUCCUGGUGGUACAGAUGGCCACGCUGGCCUCCAGCGCCAGAGCCACACGUUGGCCCAAACCUCAGACCACCAAGAAGCCCCCUCGAGCUGGGAGCAGCGGCGGAGGCGGGGGUGGAGGAUCCGCACGCACCACCAUCACGACCCCGUCUCCUUCUAGCAGCCUGCAGAUGGAUGAGACAACAGAGGUGACAAUGGACGCUUACUCCAUGUCCCCGACGGUCAGCACCACCUACUCCAGCGACAGUUACUCCACUGAGUUCCACACCGAUGCCUUAGCGCCCCCCGGGAACACCCUCGGAAACUAUACCCUUGACUACAGUGAAUGCUUUUUCAACAUUUGUGAGUGCUGUCCGCCAGAGAAAGGCCCCGUAGGGCCCAUGGGAGAGAGUGGGCCGCCAGGACCGCAAGGAGAGAGGGGCCCUUUAGGGAUACCAGGAGAGGCGGCAGAACCAGGGCUCAGAGGACCCCCAGGACCAGCAGGACUACCCGGAGCCAACGGACUCAAUGGCGACAUAGGUGACAAAGGUGAUCAAGGAACGGUGGGUCUUCCAGGUGCCCCUGGCAUCCCAGGAAAACCAGGAGAUAGAGGUGAUCUGGGCCCCAGAGGAGAGCAAGGUGAAAGUGGCUUGAGCGGUCUGAAAGGAGACCCGGGAGAAAGAGGAGAGCCAGGCCUGAAUGGGACUAAGGGCAACACCGGGCGAGAGGGGCCUAUGGGUCCUCCUGGGGUAGCUGGGACAAAGGGUCAGAAAGGUGAACACGGACUUACAUGCGAGUGUUUAGGCGAGAAAGGUAAUGUGGGUGAGCGUGGGCCCCCUGGUCUGAGAGGUGAGAUGGGCCCCCUAGGAGUGAAUGGAACUGAUGGUGCAAAGGGAGAGAGAGGGGAGCCUGGGCCUCUGGGUGGGAAGGGGGAUACUGGUACCAGAGGGCCCCCAGGACCCCCAGGAGGCAGGGGCAUGGCAGGGCUGAGGGGGGAGAGGGGAGCUAAAGGAGGGCGUGGGCCUCGGGGUCCUAAGGGCCCACCAGGUGAGAGUGUGAAACAGAUUCGCUCUGCCUUCAGUGUGGGCUUGUUUCCCAGCAGGUCCUUCCCUCCGCCCGGCCUCCCUGUGAAGUUUGAUAAGGUGUUUUACAACGGGGAGGGGCACUGGGACCCAACGCUCAACAAAUUCAAUGCCACCUACCCGGGGGUCUACUUAUUCAGUUACCACAUCACCGUGCGCAACAGGCCCGUACGUGCUGCUCUAGUGAUUAAUGGGAUACGGAAGCUGCGAACCCGGGAUUCCCUGUACGGCCAGGACAUUGAUCAGGCCUCCAACCUCGCACUGAUGCAGCUGAAUGUAGGAGACCAGGUGUGGCUGGAGACGCUGAGAGACUGGAACGGAGUUUACUCCAGCAAUGAGGAUGACAGCACUUUCUCUGGCUUCCUACUUUACCCAGACUCAAAGGACAAGCCUAUGGAUACCCAGUGACUGCACCCUUUGACCUUGAUUUAGCCCUGAUUGUAACUUCUUGUAGACUCUACAACCUUCAGCCUAUUACACUGCUCUGUCAAAUUAACGGGAUUCAGCUAAAUGCCGCUGCUUCGGUUUCUUCAUGCUAAUAUAACCAAAUGCUUUGCUUGCCUUGCUGUAUUUGGAGAUGGA